CAUGUUAGUAUAGAUUUCUUUAAUCAGAUUGCUUUCCUUUUUGUCCUGUACUAAGAUCUGAAAUUCUGGGACAUUUAACAUUUUCCCACAUUUUUCUGUCUUAAUAAUGUAGUACUUACUAUGGAAAAAGUGGGAAGUACAGUUAAGUGUAAAAGCAGCUUUAAAAAUUUGCCCAUGGUUCCAUUAUCCAGAGACCACUACAGAUAAUAUUUGGGCCCCUUCCAAUUUUUUUCUGUAUCUUUUAACCUGUUAAUAUUAUACAGUAUGUUCAGUUUGGUAUAUAAUUUUCUAUUUUCCUUUUUUUUCCUUAACGUUAUGUUAUAUAGAAAUAUUCCCACACAACCAAAAUCCUCAUAGAAGGGUAAUUUUUAGUGGUCUUAUAAUUUGUCUUGUGAAUGUACCAGUUUAGUUUAGCCAGGGGAUGGGAGCUGGGUGGAGAAAGGAAGAGACAUUGGGAUCAUGGAAGCCUUUGGAAGGUGAGGUGGGUCUGGAUUAGGUGGCUCAGCUGGGCAUGUCAGCCUGACAGGUGAGGACUGAAGGGCACAAGGAUGUCCAGGCUCUUCUUCCUGCUUUGGUUGCAGACCUUGCUACCCAGCUACCCCCGCAUGAGCUCUGGGCUCCAGCCACGCUGAACUUGGCAGAUUGAGUUGUCCACUUGUCCUGUGUCCCCUCGGGCACUCUGUACACACCACUGUCAGCACACUGCGCUGCCUGUUGGUUCACUUGCCUGUAUCUCCCUUUAGACUGAAACCCUUUUUUAUUUAUGCCUUGAAUGCCUGGAAAAUAGAAUCAUUAAUAAAUCUCUGAUGGUUGCUUUGGAAUUGGGUGGACAGAUAGAUUAGAGAUACCCAAGAAAAGGACCAGUGCAGCCCUAAGGAAAAGAGGCCAAUUGCUUAGCCUCCUCUGUCCUUCUGGACCUGAAAGUCCACUCACGCCCUUGGUCCUGUAUUUGAGGGCUGGGCCUUUGUGAGCUAACUGUGACCAAAACUUUACUUAGAUGCCAAAAUUUUAGGGCCUGGUUUCUGUGUGUUCCGAGUUCAAUCAUCUUACUCAGAUUUCCUCCCACUCUAACCUUCUGUGAGUGUGAUGUCGGCGUUCUUAGAAUGUGGGUCCCCUCUCUGCCUGUGUGUCCAGCAGCAGCCUGAUGAGCCGUGAAGACAGGCUGGGGCUCGCCACUGUUCCUGACAGAAGACUUCCGUGUGAACACGUGUCUGCCCGUAGAAACAAGACCUCUGCUGGAUCACCUCUCGCAUCAAGCUGGUUAUUUAUCAUCCAAAUCUGUAACCUUCAUAGUUAGAACCGACCUUUCCAGAUGGCUCUGUACACUCUGGUCAAGGAAUUCUUAGAGUUAAAGGGACAGAGGAGGAAGAUUAUGCAUUCCUGCAGUUUUCUCUAGGACCUGAGAGCUGAACGCGAGAGUACUGCAAAGAGAUUUCUUCACGAGCUCACGUUCCCUGGUGGUUCCUUCGGGGAUGUGCGACUCUCGCUUUCCCUCUUCUGCUUCGUUCCUGUGAGGAUUUCCUUGGGGAGAAUCUUCACCCCGAGCUUGCUGGCAGCCAAGGAUGGCAAGCAAGGGGCCCUCGGCCUCUGCAUCCCCUGACAACUCCAGUGCAGGGGGGCCCAGCGGCAGCAGCAACGGCGCCGGUGAGAGCGGGGGCCAGGACAGCACGUUUGAGUGCAACAUCUGCCUGGACACAGCCAAGGACGCCGUCAUCAGCCUGUGCGGCCACCUCUUCUGUUGGCCGUGUUUACAUCAGUGGUUGGAGACGAGACCUAACAGACAGGUGUGUCCAGUUUGCAAAGCUGGCAUCAGCCGCGACAAGGUCAUCCCGCUCUAUGGCAGGGGCAGCACUGGGCAGCAGGACCCCAGAGAGAAGACCCCUCCCCGUCCUCAAGGACAGAGGCCAGAGCCAGAGAACAGAGGGGGAUUCCAAGGGUUUGGAUUCGGAGAUGGUGGCUUCCAGAUGUCUUUUGGAAUUGGGGCCUUUCCCUUUGGUAUAUUUGCCACAGCAUUUAAUAUAAAUGAUGGGCGGCCUCCUCCAGCUGUCCCGGGAACGCCUCAGUAUGUGGACGAGCAGUUCCUCUCACGCCUCUUCCUGUUUGUGGCCCUGGUGAUCAUGUUCUGGCUAUUGAUUGCCUAAUGCUGGGCUCCCGGCCCACAUCCACGGCAGGGCCGCUGGACCAGUGAUACGCCACCCCCACUCUUGAUGUUUGACUUCCUGGCUAAUCCUGACCCCUGGAAUCAGUGGGGUUAGCGACACAUCAAGGAGUCUUGCUUCUCCAUCAGAGCUUUGGAACUCAAGACCAGCCGUUGAGAACCCUGGAGUCUGGCCACUGCUGUAAACACCCUGCUGUAACCUCAGGCCUUGGCAUCGAGUCAGUCUCUCAACUGGUUACACCAUGAAAUCCUGUCCAGCCAGCUCAGCAGGUCCUGACUCCACACAGGGGAGAAGCAGAAGAGGAACUGUCCAGUUUCACCCGAAGUUAACAUUACAAAGACAAAGGGAUGAACCCAGUAUGGAAACUUUCUUCCAUCUCUUUAUAAAAAUACCCCUUGGUGAGUGGCCUCUGAGGUCAGUGGGACUCCUCGAGCAGAGAGGUUCCCCUGUCGCAUCGCAGUGCUGUUCUGUCCUGUUUCCUCCUCUUCCUCCUCAGCAGACGUGCAUGAAAUGGCUGUUCUAUUAAGAUCCUUAUUGCAGCGGCUGGAGCUGGGGUUGAUUCAUGAACUCACCAGAGACCCAAAGAUUGAUUGCCUCUGGGCCUUGUUCAGUGUCUUUGGCUCCAGAGUGGCCUGAAUGACCUCCUGAUUUCCUGACGUAUAUUACCCACAGAGACAUGUGGUUGCCCAUCACCUCACCCUCCAGAACUGUGCACAUCUGCCUCCUGCCCAGGGGCACCAACCCAGGUGAUUGCCGAGCCCGGGACCGACUGCAUCUUAGGAGAGACCUGCUGUGGGACUCAGGUGGGGUUCCGAGCUCGGAUGCAGAAAGGACUGAAAGCAGCUAUCCCAAGGCUGCAGAAGCUCUGGGUGCAUCCUCUCCCAUACCCCCCAGAGGAAACUGGGGGGCCGUGUUGAGUCAUCCCAGCAGCAUGUUGAAGACCACUCUCCUCAGAAGCCAGAUUGUCCUUAAUGAAGAGGCAGGGACGGGGAGACCAGCGUGUGACUCUGAUUUUGGUGUGGCUCCAAGACCUGUGUGUGUGCUAAAACCAGGGGAGCAUGCACCUCCAGAGCCGGCAGCCCCUGGUGUUUUGUAGAGCCGGGCACAGAGACCAGGAGCCUCAGCAUGAUAAGAGGAUGCGGUCUUCCUGUGGAAACCUUCCUCUGGAAACGUCCAGGGAAGCCAUUCCUCCCCAGCCCUUGAUCUGAUUUUCAACCUCAAAAGCUUCUUCCUCUGAAUCUGGUUGAAGAAGUAUGGUGCCGGCAGCAGGCCAGCUCACCGGGUGGGAAGGUUCUCGCUCUGCCAGUCUGGCCUCUUCCUAGAAAUCGAGUCUCUUACAGGAGAGAUCCUCAGGGUCGGGGGAGGUGGGUUUACUCUGGGGUGCUCUCCCGUCACCGGUCCACACUGCUCCUGGGCUUACCCCAGUAGAGAGCCCCCCUAGUGUGUGUUCCAGAUACAGCUCUGCACAGCCUGUGGAGACCGAGACCUGGAGGAAGAUGAGGGAGGCCCUCUGCCCCCUCCACUGCAGCCCCCUUCCCCAGCCCCGUAGCUUUCAGUGCCAGAGCUCAGUGUUCAAACCGACAAAACACAAGUAUUGAGUAGGUGGUUCGUUUACCGAACCCAUUUGGUAGGAAUAAGCCACCUCCUUUACAGUGUGCCUGAUGGAUUUUAAACAUUCCCUGGGCGCCCACAGGAGAAAAGUGCUCUUUUUCUCACCUCUGGUGAGGGCCCCUGAAGUUUCUCAGUGCGAUGGCCCCACCUAGUGAUGAGCAAGAGGACUUCAGUUGGAUGGAUCCAGCAGAAAUGGGUCUGCAGAAGAAAGGUUAAAGAAAGAAGGGUUGCAGGUAGGAAGACAAAUAAUUUGGAUCCUUCAACGAAGUGGAGUGGGCCCAGGCGAGCUCCACCAGCAAAGGCAUCCCAGGAAACUGUUAGAAAAGCCAGGUUGGCCCAGUGCUGAUCUUGAACCUUGCAGGUCCCCACUCGCCCUCUGCCAGGAGCUGGGGCAGGAGAGCCGACUUGGGACUGCUGGCCCAGCCCCGACAGGGAGCCCCCUUCUGAGCCCCCUGCAGGCUCACCACAUAGCCUCUCUGCCGAGGCAGUUUUCCUCUCGUGUGUGUGUGUUUCUGUGUUCUGGGCCCCCGCCCCUCCUGCCACCUGUCAGGAAACAACACCGUGUGCAGUGGCACACCUUGCCCAGUCACCAAUUUUCACUGUUGUGAAAGCGAUUUGAUGUAGAAUUAAACAAACGGUUUUACAUAACUGA